AUGUCUGACCGAAUACCCCUUUACGAAGAGAACAGAGACUACAUAAACGAGGAUCAUAUUAGUGAGUUUGCAAAGGCACUAGUGUGGCAAGACCACGAUGACAUCACCACUACCCCAGCCACACCGAAAAGUGAACCAGUUGGUUUCGAUUUUGAUGAUGACGAUGUCUCCUCACUGGCUACCGAAGAAAUAGACCAGGACACGAAUAACAAUACUUUGAUUGGAGAAGGAGCAGAACUAGGUGUCACCCCCACUGCCAAGCCCGAUAUGAUUACUUCAAAGAGCGACUGGUUCCCCGUUAGUGCCGCCGCUAGUGACAACUCCAAAUCGCAAUCAGGUGCCAAAACCAAGGACAAAAUAUCUUCAUCUGGUAUUGGAUCUUUGCAAAAUGAAUUUAGAAAUAACAUAACCUAUACCUUGCUACGGUGGCCCAUCUUGAUCGCGGUGUUCAUUUGGGUAACGAUACUAGGAUCACUAUAUUUUUGGAUCAGAGUCCAUGUUGCAUUGAAGGAAUACUUUUUCACUUGGAGAGGCGAGCGCAAGAGACUACGUGAAAAGUUGAGACAAUCGAAAUCAUAUGAUGAAUGGGUGGAAAAUGCCAUAAACUUGGACAAGUAUUUGAAUUUGGACAAAUGGUCAGAAAAUCCCAAAUUUUCGUACUAUGACUACAAGACAGUAGCAAUGACCAUUUCAAGAUUAAAGAAGGCACGCGUGGCUAAUCACAUUCAGGAGUUGCAAAUACUCCUUCAAGGAUGUUUGAAGCGGAAUUUCGCGGGCAUUGAAAAUAGACAAUUGUACUCACAUAGAUAUUAUGGUACUAAAAACUUGGUGCAGUCAUAUUACGAAGAAGUAUUGCGGUGCAUAGAUAUAGUGGCAGAUUCAAAUCAAGUAUCACCCGAAGUAAAGUACAAGUUUUUCAAAAUUGUGCUGAAGAAUUUUGGUAAUUCGGCCUUGUGUUUGAGUGGCGGUGCAACUUUUGCAUACACCCAUUUCGGAGUUGCUAAAGCAUUGCUUGAUGCAGGCUUGUUGCCAAAUAUAGUAUCAGGCACAUCUGGCGGUGGAUUGAUUGCUGCCUUGCUAUGCACAAGAACCGAUGAUGAGUUGAAGAAGCUUUUGAUUCCGCAAUUAGCGCGGAAGAUAACUGCUUGUGAAGAUCCGUGGUAUGUGUGGAUACCACGAUUGCUCAAGACCGGUGCGAGAUUCGAUUCAGUAGCAUGGGCAAGAAAAUCAAAUUGGUUUACGAGAGGUUCAACUACUUUUGAAGAAGCAUUUGAAAGAACAGGUAGGAAAUUGAAUAUCAGUACUGUUCCAGCAGAUCCGCAUUCACCUGUCAUUUUGUGCAACGACAUUACAUCUCCUCAUUGCAUUAUCUGGUCUACAUUACUUGCGUCAUCCGCAGUCCCUGGUAUCCUCAACCCCGUGGUCUUGAUGAUGAAGAACCCUGAUAAUGGCGCAGUUGUUCCAUUUUCGUUGGGAAGUAAGUGGAGAGAUGGAUCUUUGAGGACUGAUAUACCUAUUGAUGCACUCAACACAUACUACAAUGUCAAUUUCACGGUUGUUUCGCAAGUUAAUCCACACAUUUCAUUAUUCUUUUUUGCACCAAAGGGAACUGUUGGCAAACCAGUACCCGUGUCCAAGAGCAGAACCAGAAGGGAAAAGUUUGCGUCAUUCAGGGGUGGUUUCAUUGCUGCCGCAUUGGAGCAACUUUUGCGUUUGGAAAUCAGAAAAUGGUUACAAAUUGUUAAAUCGCUAGAUUUAUUGCCUCAUGUAUUGCAACAGGAUUGGUCAAACGUUUGGCUACAAAAUUUCACCGGAUCUGUAACAAUUUGGCCACGGAACAAAUUAAUUGAUUUUUGGUACAUCUUAUCCGACCCAACUGAAGAGAGAUUGGCGGAGAUAAUUAGGAAAGGUGAACGCAGCAUGUAUCCAAAGUUGCUAUACAUCAAAAAUCGCAUUUUGGUGGAAAGGGCAAUCGACCGUGGUAGAAAAAUCUCUACUCAAGCUAUGAAACAAGCACGAAUCAAUCUUGAAUUAUCACCCAAGCAAAACAAUGGGUAUGCCGAGGAUGAUGAAUAUGAUGAUGAUAUAGUCCCGAGUGAUUAUGACGUUGCCAAGUUCAAAGCCAAGAUUGGAUUGACUAAUAAAGACUUUGAGGAGUUUGCUGCUGGGUAUAGUGGUGCUGACCAAGACGGAGACGAUGAAGACGACGAUGAAGACGACGAUGCAUUUGAUGAAGAUUUGUUGGUGAGGGACAUGUAUGAUGACAGUGAUACGUUGAGUAGUCCUACUCUGCCGACUUUUGGUCGAUCCAAGCACAGACGUAACACUGUGUUUUGA